AUGCCGCUCGCGCGUUCGCCAACCAGGGUCUCGGACCACACAGCUUCCGGUAGCGAUCAUCCAAUCGCCGGCCCGUCCAGGAUGGAAAAGACGGAAUCAAUUGCAACAACAGCAGCAGGAGAAGUCAAUGCUGUGGCGAGAGUCAAGCUACCAUCUUUUUGGAAAGAGAAUCCGCUCUUAUGGUUCUCUCAGGUUGACGCUGCUUUUGUUCUAUCAAAAAUCGUAUCGGACGACAUCAAAUUCCGAAACGUCGUGCUCAACCUGGAUCCCACUGUGUUACCUUUCGUCGCUGACAUUAUUACCAACCCUCCAGAGCAUGGCAAGUAUGAUUGUCUUAAGCAGCGAAUUCUAGGGGCUCUUGAUGAAUCCAGUGAAUCGAAGCUUCGCAGGUUGCUCAGAGGACAUGGCAUGGGUGACGAAAAACCGUCGAAUUACUUGCAACGCCUUAGGAAUCUUGCAGGUGGCCAGUGCAGUGACUCGGUACUACGAACGUUGUUCUUAGAACAGAUGCCUGAGAACAUUCGUGUAAUCCUUGCCAUCAGCGAAGGCAUGGAUUUAGGGAAGCUUGCUCUUCAAGCGGACAAGAUUUAUGAAAUUGCUAGUCCAGGUGUAGCCACCAUUUCGGAUGUUCGACCUCCCAGCGUAGUAGAUGCUCGACCACUCAGCGUAGCUGCUGUUUCUUCAACCUCUCGGUCUUCUUCGGACUUAAACGACCAACUUUCUGAAAUUUUGGCACGUCUGCGUCGGCUUGAAGCUCGCGAUACCGGCGAUGGUAACGGAAACCGCAGAAGAAAUGGGAAAUCUUCCAAGCCUCAAGGUUCACGGACUCGUUCUCGGUCGCGUGAUGGACUGUGUAGACUCCAUUACAAAUAUGGAGCUGACGCGCGUCACUGUUUUCCUCCAUGCAGGUGGAUUAACCGUGGGAGUCGGGAAAACUAG